UCUGAGCCGAGAAUGGUAACUUGUGUCGGAACUGAAGCCCUCACAUGAGUGGCAUGCUUCAUGGAGUUAUGUACCUUGCUUUGCCCCCUCAACAGCUAUCAUGGAUUGCAAAACCUUAAUACUUUUCCUGUUUCUCUUCACGUUUAUUUCCAGCGCAGAAUUCAUUAUUCAUCCGUCCAAUGAAGUGAACCUGUUGGACUCCAAAGCAAGCCAAGGGGAGCUGGGCUGGAUAUCAUCCCCAUCCCACGGGUGGGAGGAAAUUAGCGGCGUGGAUGAGCACUACACACCCAUCCGGACCUUCCAGGUGUGCAACGUGAUGGAAUACAGCCAGAACAACUGGUUGAGGACCAACUGGAUUCCUCGCAAUUCUGCACAGAAGAUCUAUGUGGAGCUCAAGUUUACCCUGAGAGACUGCAACAGUAUUCCCAUGGUCCUGACCUGCAAAGAGACGUUCAACUUACACUACCUGGAGACUGAUGAAGACCAGGGAAGUAAGUUUCGCGAACACCAGUUCUCCAAAAUAGACACAAUCGCCGCCGAUGAGAGUUUUACUCAGAUGGAUCUGGGUGACCGCAUCUUGAAGUUAAACACAGAGGUCCGUGAGGUGGGACCCAUGACUAAGACGGGCUUUUACCUGGCUUUCCAGGACGUGGGAGCCUGCGUGGCCCUAGUUUCGGUGCGGGUGUACUUUAAAAAAUGCCCUUUCACGGUGAGGAACCUGGCUAUGUUUCCCGAUACGGUACCCACGGACUCUCAAUCGCUCGUGGAGGUUAGAGGCUCAUGCGUCAACAAUUCCAGAGAGGAGGAUCCGCCAAAAAUGUACUGCAGUACCGAGGGAGAGUGGCUGGUGCCUAUUGGGAAAUGCCUGUGCAACAUAGGAUACGAAGAACGGGGAGUCGCUUGCCAAGCCUGCCGGCCCGGCUUCUAUAAGGCCUCUUCUGGGAACGUCAAGUGCUCCAAGUGUCCGCCGCACAGCUACACACACCAGGAGGGAGCCGUGCACUGCGGCUGCGAGAAAAACUACUUCCGUGCGGAAGAGGACCCCGUCUCGAUGGCCUGCUCUCGACCUCCAUCUGCCCCACGCAGUGUGAUCUCUGCCAUUAAUGAGACAUCAGUGAUUCUAGACUGGACCUGGCCGGCUGACAGCGGAGGCAGGAAGGACGUGACAUUUAACGUGGUCUGUAAGCGUUGUUGGCCGGGUCCCAGGCAGUGUGAACCCUGUCGAGGGGCCGUGCGCUUCUUGCCCCGUGCCACCGGCCUCACUAACACCACAGUAACCGUGGUGGACCUCCUGGCACACACCAACUACACCUUUGAGAUCGAUGCCCAAAAUGGAGUGUCCUCCCUGGCCCCCACAGUCCGCCACUAUGCUGCGGUCACCAUCACUACCAACCAAGCAGCUCCAUCUGCAGUGACUGUCAUCAGGAAGGACCGAACAUCCAGAAACAGCAUCUCACUGUCAUGGAUGGAGCCAGAGAGACCCAAUGGGAUCAUUUUGGACUACGAGGUCAAAUAUUAUGAGAAGCAGGAACAAGAGACCAGCUACACCAUCCUGAGGUCAAAGGGCACAAAUGUUACACUGAAUGGACUAAAACCCGACACAAACUACCUGCUACAAAUCAGAGCGCGCACCGCGGCCGGAUACGGCGGUAGCAGUCGCAAGUUUGAGUUUGAGACCAGUCCAGACUCCUUUUCCAUCUCCAGUGAGAACAGUCAGGUAGUGCUGAUCGCUGUCUCCUCCGCCGUGGCCAUCAUCCUCCUCACUGUAGUGCUCUACAUUGUGAUUAGCAGGUUUUGUAGAUAUAGCAAGUCCAAACAUCCAGAUGAGAAGAGGCUGCCCUUUGGCAACGGCCACUUGCGACUGCCUGGCAUCAAGACCUACGUGGACCCACACACUUACGAAGACCCGAGUCAAGCCGUGCACGAAUUCGCCAAGGAACUUGAAGCAUCCUGUAUCGCCAUCGACAAAGUGGUUGGGGCAGGUAAACCCGUGAUGAUAGUGACCGAGUACAUGGAGAACGGCUCUUUGGACGGCUUCCUGCGAAAACACGACGCCCAGUUCACAGUGAUUCAGCUGGUGGGCAUGCUACGUGGCAUCGCAUCUGGUAUGAAGUAUCUGUCGGAUAUGGGUUACGUGCACAGAGAUUUGGCCGCUCGGAACAUCCUGGUCAACAGCAACCUGGUGUGUAAAGUGUCAGACUUCGGCUUGUCCAGAGUGCUGGAGGACGACCCGGAAGCCGCCUACACCACGAGAGUGAUAAAAGCAGUGGAUGAGGGUUAUCGUCUUCCCCCACCCAUGGAAUGCCCUGCCACGCUUUACCAGCUGAUGCUAGACUGCUGGCAGAAGGAUCGAAACAACCGGCCGAAAUUUGAGCAGAUUGUCAGCAUCCUGGACAAGCUCAUCCGCAACCCCAGCAGUCUCAAAAUCACGGCCAGCACUGCUUCCAGACCAGUGAAUCUGCUUCUGGACAGGACCAGCACUGACAUCACUUCCUUUCACACAAUGGGUGAUUGGCUGGAGAGUGCGAGGACGUUGCCCUGUAAAGAUGCAUUCCGUGGGGUCAGCUACAGCUCCUGUGAUACACUGGCUAAAACCUCAGCAGAGGACUUCAAGAAAGUCGGUGGGACGAUCGUUGGACCUCAGAAGAAGAUCGUGAGCAGCCUAACAACACUUGAAACACACUCAAAGAACGGUCCAGUUCCUGUGUAAAAUUAAAAACGAGCGACUGAAAUGAAAGACACCUAAACGAGAUUGAUGCUGCUUUGGCUUUAACAGACAGGAAGUAAAUAUUAAACGAAAAGAGGAAGUGGAACUACAAUUCUUGAACACAUGUGCGAAGCAGAACAACCUUCCUGGAGAAAAAUCACGUCUUCCCGGGCACGAGGUGCAAAGACGAUGAGCCAGCGAUUAUCGGCGAGAGAGGCGGAUGAGCGCGGGCCUCGUGUUUAGGAGUCUACGGUUUCGCCGCAUGGCUCCUCCUAGAGGACGGAAGCCGGUCCGAUCCGAAUGGAUUUAACGAAGAGCUCUUCACAUGUGGCAGGGGAGCAUUAAAAAGCCUUCAGGAAAAGCUUUGCAUAAGCAACCGUCUUCCUUUUGGAAGGUAGCACUUCAGAGAGGCAAUAGCUUGCACCCCAGAGUUUUGGUGGUUUCUUGUAGAAAAGCCCCCUUUAUUAAUUCUUCUGAAGAACGGCAGGAGAAAUACAGCUGGUUACUGUUAGAGCAAUCUGGUGAUGCUUGUUAGGAUCUGACACGUUUGGCUAUAUAUUUGAUAAUUGCAAGUGCAGAGAGCCAUUCUCUAGAAUCAGGGAUUUAGUAGCGGAGACCUUGGGUAAACAUGCCAUUUUAAAGGUGUAUUUGUUAAUGUAGCCCAUGACAUGUUUGUUUGCACCACUGUGUUCAGAUGAUAUAUGAAUUCAUUAUCAAAUAAAAACAGUACAGUAUAAAGAAAAUAAACUGUUUACUAGAAUCAGUAACAGUCAUAAUGCAUCACAUGAGAAAAGCAGACAGAAUAGAGUGAUGAUGUGUUUUUGCAGGCCAACCCAAAUGUUAGUAUGACCAAUAGAACUUUGCCAUUGGUUUUUGGAUUAUUGCUGAAAAUAGGCUCUUACACUUCCAGAGCUUAUUUUAGGCAUUUAACCAAAAGUCCAUUCACAAAAUCCAUUGACGAUGGAAGCGGAAGUGCUAAAAUGCUAACUUGUUUCUAAGUUUUGACCUGCAAAUAUAUGUCAUCCCUGCAACUCUCUAUACCAGCAGGAUUUGGACUCAGAAGUCUCAGAUAUGAUGAGGUAAAUGGGCUGUGUUCGAAAUAAAAUACUAGCUUACUACAUACUUAACACUCCCCGUUUUGUUUAGUAUGUGAAACAAAAGAUUUUGCAGCAACAUGCUAAAUAAUUGACACGUGACCUCAUCUUGGUUAAGUCAGCGACAUCCAAUUAUCAACUUACAAACAUUUUUAAUCCAAUUAUGUGUAAAAUUCAUACUGAAAUCAUGUUGACUUGAUUUCAAUUUGACUCGAUUCACCUCAGAUAUGGCUUCACUUUUCGCUUGUCCCCACAGAUGCUCUCCAUUCUGGCAACACCUACUUUUCCCAAUCCAAAUCAGUUCCCAAUUGAUUAAACAAAGUCCCACCCUCCAUUUUUUUCUCGUUGAAUAUCCUGGAAUCAGAUUAUGGAAAGAAAAUGAGUUGUGAAUGUCACUUCACAUUGAGUUUAACAUUUGGCAACCAAUCAAAUAAUGAGUCAAGAAAGAUAAUUAAAG